UGUCCCUUCUCUUCUUUUAAGCCUCAAAGCACAAUGAGAGAGAGAGAGAGAGAGAUAUAUUCCUACUUUUUACAUCUUUUUAUAUCGGUCUCUCCUUCUCUGAAGACAGAUAAAGUCUCGGACCAUAUCUCUUUUAACCCCGGUAUAAAUUUUUCAACAGGGUCCUCUCUGUCCCUACGCGCAGAUUGCCAUAAGAAGAAGAUUAUCCCCCACCACAAACACACAAAUCGCACGCAAACACAGAGAGGCAUAAGCUGCUAUACACAGUGAUUCAUACAUAUUUUUGAUCUUAGAGAGAGAGAGAGAGAGAGAGAGAGAGAGAGGAGGGUGUCUCUGUGUGGUGGUAUGAUGGAUAAAAGCUGUCAAUCCUCUGCAGACUCUACCGCCACUACCACUACUGCUUCUGCUGUUACAACUACUAGCAGCAGCAAUACCGCUACCAGUAUUAAUGCCAACAGAGACCAAUACCUCAGACACCUCAACAAGCUCUCCCACAAGAUCUCUAAGCCAAUCAUCAAAAAAACCCCUUUUGAUCCCCCCAAUCAAACGCAAAAUCUCAAUCAUAAUCACCCACCACCGCAACCACAAUCGCAACCAGCAUCUCAGCCGUUGGUCCAGCAGCAAGCGCAGCAACAGCAGCAGCAACAUCAGCCGCCAGUGUACAAUAUCAACAAGAACGACUUCAGGGACGUGGUCCAGAAGCUCACCGGCUCACCGGCCCACGAGCGUUUCUCGACGCCGCCACCUAUUCACCCACCCAAGCCUCCCAGCUCCCGACUCCAGCGUAUUCGCCCUCCACCCCUGGCACACGUUUACAAUCGCCCCCCUCCCCUACUAAACAGCGCCGUCCAUCCUCCACAACAAGCCACUAUAAACCCUAAUAUUCCCAUUACCGGCCCCCUUUCCAACUUCGGCCCAAUCGGACGGCCUAUAACGCCGUUAUCGCCUUUGCCGCCGUUCCCAACCGUUCACGCGGCUGCCGAGUCGCCCGUCUCGGCCUACAUGCGGUACCUCCAGAACUCAGUGUCCACUGUUGAUCCGAACCCUAAACAUUUCUCCGGAUUCUCACCGUUAGCCCCUCUAGUCUCGCCCCGCUGGAACAAUUCAACUCCACCGCAGCCACAUCAGCAUCAGCUUCCACCGCCGCAGCAGGGAAUAUUUCCUCAGCCGACAUCAUCUACUACUCAGCCACAGCCACAGUUCCCGAUGCCGAACUCACCGCUUCCAUUCGGGUGUUUGAAUUCACCGAGGUCACCAUACCCUUUGCUCUCCCCAGGCCUGCUAUUUUCGCCUUCUUCCGGUCAAUUAGGGUUUCCGCAGCUUCCACUUUCUCCCACAGUGCCGGUGCACAGCCCUAGAUGGAGAGCUCUCUGAGUUUCUUCUUCAGGUAAUCCUUUUUCUGAAGACGAUGUCGUAUCAGGCUUAGUGUUUUGGUUUUUAUGGCUUUGUAAAUGAUUGGGGGGGUUAGGGUUAUUCAAUCACUGGUGGUUGAAUUGGAAACAUUAUCCACCACUGGUUAAUUUUAGAGUUUCUUGUGUAAAUUUCAUAAGAAAGACGUGAAAAGGGAAAGCCCUAGAUUUGUUUUUUGCCUGUUGUUGGAUAUUUGGGUGGGAAACUUAGAGAAGUUAUAGAAUUAUGGUUGAACGUUGUUCUUAUCAGUUAAUUGUUUACUUGUGAAAAUGUCUAUGCACCUCAUUUUUUUCCGUC